AUAAUCUCAGCAAUACUUAUCAACUUUGCUGAAAUAGGUAGAGUUGAAGGGAUCCUCUAGGGCGAGCUCUAAGCAAUAGACUACAUACCAUGAAAAUGAGAACCAAGGAAACUCUCUUUUAAAAAUGAUCCCCUGCUAGUACUUUAUAUAAGCUUUGGGAGCUUGUUCAUUCUUUAACUCACCACUUAGAACAUGUCAGAAAACAUAAAGGAAGACAUCUGGGUACUAAUAUUUCAGUUAUUCAAUAUAAAAUGAAUAAUGAAUAACAUGCUUAGUUUUACUAAAGGUAUUAUUAUUAAUAAGUGAAAUUAAAAAAAACAGAAUGAACUUUUAAAACACCCUGUCAAUGUUCUUUGCAGAUUACAGGUUUCUUCUCUGCCUUCUCAACACUAUACAUUUCUUUGAGUGGCUGUGGAGAAUACUGACAUGAACACCAACAAAUCAAUUACUCAGAUUGGAUUUUUGUCCUGUUAAAGUAACUUUUGGCGUAAUUGUGAAUACCCACAGCUUACUCAAGGGAAAGGUUUACUUGAAUCUAAUUGCUCCCGUUGCCACUUAGGAAGAAAGGAAUAUUGAAUUGAACCGAUCUUUGUGCAGGCAUUUGUUUGUUUGCAGUGCACCUCUAAGUCCCUCAAUUUUUGUCCCUUGAGCAACUGAGAUAGACUUAAUUGAUUUUUGGCUUAUAUGAGAGGUAAGAAAUAGCGAUUUUAGCAUAUGCCUCCUAAAGCCUCUGAACUAACACAAAAUAAAGAAAAACAAUUUUUGGUUGUGAAAUCAAGUGAACUGUUUCUAGCUAGGACAACUUUUCCUUAUUCACUGACAAGCCUUCCAUUUUGUUUUGUUGUGACUUUAUAAGACAAUAAGUCAAGUAACACUCUGGAAGGUGUGAUUUUUUUCUUACGUGUUUGGUUGUACUGCAACUAAAUCCUUUGAUUCUUAAAAUCUUGAGCAAUCUUCUUUUGGUUUAAAGUAUUCUGCCUUAACAUUUGUGACACAAGUUGCAAACUUUAAAAUAUAAUAAAGUACUAGUUUUCAGGAAUGGUUUUUGGUUAGAAAUGAUGGUCCCUAAAGGAGCAGUUUAGGAAAGGAGUCUUUCCAGAUCUUAAUAACCAGAAGCUCUACCCUCAUGUUAGACCACAGACGGGAACCCCUUUUUUAAGGUGGCCGAUGUAGUGCCUACUCUUGUCAGGUGUCACAGUGUCUCAGAAAACUUGGAAUCUGGUAACGAUUUCUUUGAUGGGAAGUUUGACAACCAUUCUCAGGAAAUGCUUUUGCUCAUGCCAGAGUUUAUCGAUUGGAUUUGUCUGGACUUUCUGCUGGAUGUGGCCAGUAGUUUAUGCUGUUAUCUUGUAUGAACUUCAUUCUCAACUUAACUACCAAAAAUCUGUUUGUGACAUUUCUAACUAAUUUUUUCUUGAAUGUUUUUGUUUGUGGUUAGUGUUUUGAUGUGAGUGACAAUAUUUUAGGUAAACUUAAUAACUUUAUUCUUAGGAUCAUUAUCCUUCUGGAACUGGUACCCACUGUCUGUAUAUGUAGCCUGCAUGAAAAGUAAAUGUAACAGCACAAUACCAAGAAUAUUAUUUAUGUAAAAUUCUUUCUUCCUGAUGCCUGUGAGGAUCAGGAUUAGCAUUGCACAUCUAGUUGAGAUUCAUGCCCAAAUUAAACUGUAGAAAGCAGAUUUUCCCAUGACACUCGACCAUAUCAUACUCUUGUCUGCAAAGAUCAUGCCUACCAAUUUAUUGUGGCUUUGUAAAGACUGCUGAAUGAAGGCGAGGUAGGUGAUAUGCUUACUUUCUUGGACCGUUUGACAAUAACAAGGCCCCAUUUUUUUCAGCAUGGUUUCCUUCUGGUUCUUUUGAUGGUAGCAGUGGACAAGUGAACACCCCUCUCGCUGUAGAACAGCUUCUGCCGACCUAAACUUCAAAAUGCAUUCACAAUUUUGUGGAUCAAAAAUCUCCAUUAUGAUAAUAACUUGUUCCUUCUUUUAAACUUCUCCAUUUCUUAACAAAAUAUAUUAUAAUGAAUAUUAUAAACACGUUGAAAAAUAUGAGUAAAAUGAGAUUUCUAAUUUUAAACCUCAGUAUAUGCAAACCAUUUGCUAGCCUGCAAGCUAGCUCUUCAUUUACAUGAUAUCGUGAAAAGUAGAUGUGUGAGAGAAAACGCAAGGGGGGAUGGUUGGCAGGGGAUAGAAAGGAGAGCUUGCAACAGUCACUCAAAUUUUAAUUUCCACCCCACAAACUGCCACCACAAACGUGCCACAGAUGAGGAAAGUGCGAACCACCUGUCAAGUUUAGGCAGCUGAGAGUGUGGAGUAUGACGCGCCAUAGGGGACAAAAAUACUUGUGUGAAUUUAUGUACAAGUUGUGUGAAUUUAUACACAACUUAUCUUUGUCGAAGAUAACUUCCUACAAUACAUUACAACUUUGCUCUUAGGUCUAUGACUUUCAGCUUCAUUUACUUGACUUCUGACAAAACAUGUACAACUUGUCUGUCAAACAAACCACUUAUCUAUCUAUUGACACAACUUUUAACUUGUAGACAUCAAGGUUGUUUUGCAAUUUGUGACGUGUUGUUAACAUGUUUGACUUACGGCAGUUUUUAUAACUCUCCUACGAAAUACACGACUUAGCAUUGUUUGAGUACAACUUUCUCUAGACACAUAGACCUUCUUCCACAUUUUCGUCCUACUUGUUAUCGAUUUCAAUUAAUCGUCAUGAUCAAUUGGUUCGAAAGGGGUCUUCGUUUUGCGAGAAAGGAUGUGUGAAUUUCCAGGCAUGACAGUGGAUACCGAGAAUACAAUAUGUUAUGCCUCUAACCAAAAACAAAAUUAAUGGAACUUCAACAUUCCCCAAAAAGUUGAUCAGGCAUCUCUGUUUUAAAAUUUGGGCAACAAACUCUGCCUUCUUUCAAGGAAAAAUAAUGACACGGUCUCCUUUCCCGCUAAUCUUGGAUUGCAUACUGCAUAGUCCAAUGAUGCAUGACACCUGCAGCCUUUUUUGCCUGUCAAAACACGGGAAAAUUCCCCGCAGACGUCCUUGCCCCACUGCAUCAGUAAAGUUUAUUGGCUCUUAUUUUUAAAUGCACAUUAUUAUUUACAUAAUAUUUUAUACUCACGUUGGCGCUGGUAAACCAUCUAAUUUAUCCUUGAAUACAGCCUCAAGGGCACUGCGAAGUUUCCUCUCUGACCAAUUGCUACAGAACUCCAGAGAAGAUGCAGCAUCUUUCCCUCAGCUUUCGAUGAUGAAUUUUCUUAAUUCUCGGGCUAGGUAGUAGCAUAACAUCUUUCAGGAAAAAGCCAGUCUCUGCGAGAAGUUGGAUCGUGUUGUCGUUUCUUUGAUUUUGCAGGCCGGGAUGUGCUUGCAGCGGUGGUUCGAGUUAAUGUUCCGCGAAAAAGCCUGGCCACUGCCUGUGUUACCACUGAGGAAGAACUUGGGUUUAUUUGCGACAUUACGUUGCUCAUGUCAGGAACCUGGGCUUCCUCAAGGGAAUUCGAUGUG